GCAAUAAUCAAGUCCAUCGUAUCUACGACCGGCAGUCCCAAUGUUGAAACUGGUCUACAAAGUACCUUAUGCACUCCGUAGUGGUUCUCGCGGAUUGUGUUGGUGUCCGCCUUUGGAUUGAGUUCACAUUUGGCCUUGCUUGGCCUUCCUCGUGUUUGAUUGCAAAUUCAUUUUAACUUGGCCAAUACACAUCCUACCUAGACGGCUGAGAUUUUUCCCUACCUAGCCAAUUGAGAUUUGAAUCUUUUCAACACAAGAUGGAGACGAAAGACACGGAGAGAGCACACCAGGGCUUAAGAAAUCAAGUGUAGAUACAGGGUAGAUUUGAGUACCGACCAUGCCACUGCGGGUCCCCAUCCAUGCCAGGCUGCAUUUGCAAGGUAGGUAAUUACCUGGGUAGGUACCUUGGUAGGUAAGAUACCUAGGGAUGGUAGGCAGUACCUACCUAGGUAGGUAGGUACCUACCUAGACACAAGAGACAGAACUGCAAACGUGCAGCCCCCAUCCUGUGUUACCACCGCUGCCUGCUCAUUUCGCGUCCUGCUUCAACUUGAACCAUCGCUCCUGCUCUUGUUUUCUCCCUUCCUCAUCUAGCCACAAAAUAAAAACCCAAAAUACCCCCAUACUGUCCUUCAUUCAAUACAACAGCAUCAGGAAGACAACCAACUCAAACUUAACACAAGGAGAUAAACAGAAACCUAACCCUUGCCCAAAUCCCACCAUUCCAACAUGGAAAAAGCAAAGGAUUCGUUGCCGACAACUGGUGACCCCGUUCCUUCCCAAGGAACGAUCAACCCCGUAGACGAAACAGGCGGUUCAGCGUCUGACGAGAAAAAGGCAAAGAAGGGUUGCGAUUUUUGGUUCACUUUCUCCAGCCUUGUUCUUACGGCCUUCCUUAGCGCACUGGAAGGCUCAGUCGUAUCCACUGCACUACCGACCAUUGCGCGUGCCCUCGAGGCUUCCGAAAACUACGUUUGGGUAGUCAAUGUUUACUACCUGUCAAAUGCUGCCUUCCAGCCCAUUUACGGCCAGCUGGCUGAUCUUUGGGGUCGACGAUGGCUUACCAUCGGCGCUGUUGUCAUCUUUACCGUCGGCAGUGGUAUAUGCGGUGGUGCGACAUCGAUUGACAUGCUCAUCGGCGGCCGAGCAAUCCAAGGCUUGGGCUCUGCUGGUAUCAAUAUGCUCGUCGAAUUGAUCUUGUGCGACCUUUUGCCUUUGCGGGAGCGCGGCCAGUUCUUUGGCAUCAUCUUUAUGUUCGUGAUCCUCGGAUCCGUCAUAGGCCCCUUUCUGGGUGGCAUUCUCGUCGAUCGGGUUUCCUGGAGAUGGGUAUUCUAUAUCAACAUACCCUUCUCUGGCGUUUGUGUGGUACUUUUGUUCUUUUUCCUCCACAUUAAGAAUGCUGGGACCGGCAACUUCAUUGACAAAGUGAAGAGGAUUGACUUUUUCGGCAACUUUCUGCUCGCGGCGUCAGUGGGCUCCUGCCUGUUCGCCCUCACGUACGGCGAUACACGGUAUCCCUUCUCCGACACGCGCAUCAUUGUGAGCCUCGUCCUAGGACUUCUGGGUCACGUUGCCUUUAUGUUUUUCGAAGCCUCGCCAUGGUGCAAGGAGCCCGUCAUGCCGAUGGUGCUGUUCAAAAAUAGGACGUCUGCAGGCGCGUACAUUGCGACAUUUCUCCAGACCCUUGUCUCUUUCUGGGUCCUCUACUUCCUCCCGCUCUAUUUCCAAUCGACUCAGCUGGUCUCCGCCACGAGAUCAGGUGUCAUGCUCCUGCCAUUCUCCGUCGUCUACGCCCUCUCAUCUCUGGCGGGGGGUGCGCUAACGACGAAACUGGGCCGUUUCCGAAACAUUCAUUUCGCCUCUUUCGCCCUCAUGACCAUCGGCAUGGGCACUCUCACGAUACUUAAUAGGAGUACAUCUUUGGCCGUCAUCGUUGUGCUCGAGAUGAUCGUUGCCUUAGCCAUUGGUGUCCCCACAGCAAACCUGUUGACGGCGAUCCAAGCCGCCUUGCCCGACGAGCUAAACGCUCUCAGCACAGGUACCUUUGCGUUCCUGAGGAGUGUGGGCACCAUCUGGGGUGUCAGCAUCCCGGCAGCCAUAUUCAACAACCGCUUCGAUCAGCUCUUGCCUGAGCUCUCUGACCCGACUGCCGUGAGGGCCCUCCAGCGUGGAGGGGCAUACCAACAGGCAACGAGCGAAUUUGUGGAUUCUUUCCCUUCUGAUGUGCGUGAUGUGAUCAUCAGUAUCUACGAGCGGAGUCUGGAGCGAGUCUGGCAGAUCGGAAUCGUCUUUGCUGGCGUUGGGUUCCUGGUCAUUUUCCUGGAAAGAGAUUUGAAGCUGGGAACUCAGAAAAAGACGGAAGACAUAGAAAUCAACGACAUCCCCCAGACAGCCGCCGAUAAUUCUGCGUCCCGCCCAAACACAAUUAACGAUACUGCUUCUCAAGCCCCUAUCUUGAAGCAACGACGGUCAACAAACCAAGAGCGAGAGACUGUCUAGGGCAAGAUGCAACAAAAGUCGGGGACACAUCGAAUUAACAACGGAACUACUUUGGUUCCUUGCCCACUAGGCGGGUAGACUGCUUGGGGGUACCUGCUCGGACCACCAAAAGUUUUGUAGUCAUGGUAGGAAUAGAGGAAAGGGUAGGAAAAGGACAGUCUGGAUCUUUAGAUCUCAUAUAUGCUACGGGAUUUGUUACACUGUCAAGCCGCGGAACAUCUUCUUCAGGUUUGGCUCAUAUUUUUUUUUUCUUUUGUUUUCCGUUUUCUUUUUCGCUUCUUUCUUCUUCUCUCAUCCGUCUCUUUGUACGCUGCCGGCAGCAUACACCAAGGCGGUAGAAUGCCGCUAUUUUGCAUGUCAUUCGCCAAUAGAAGAUUUUGAUAAUUAAUUAUAAAGUUGGCAGCAUGCUGUUUUUGCUACCGAAAAAACAAGUCUUCAAGAUAAGGCAAGCAGGACAUAAAACAAACAGAGCUAUCAUAAUGUGCUGAUCCAAUUUGACAAUGGACAGUACCGAAAGUGGGGGAAUAGAAUGCAGCAAAUUUAAACGACAGACAGACCAGUACACGCAUUUUCUUUUCAAGUCUGCCUAAAUGUGUGCUGAAACAUCCAGCGGCACCCUCUGCACGCCCAGAACCUUGUCCAGGAAUUGGAAGGUCUUCUGGUUGCACAGGGCCAAGGCGCCCAUUUUUGCCUGCAGGCUGCCCUGGCCCUCGCUCUCGGGCACCCAGAGCUCCUUGUCCUUGGCUGCCACGCCCGUGAGCCCGUCGUAGCAGCGCCGCGUGUGGCUGUCUACGUCCAGGUAGAGCGACUUGCCGGCACCCGAGAGGAAGACGGGACAUCGCACCUCGGAAAGGAAGCUGUCGCUUUCCACGCCGCCGCCGUCCGUGGGGGAGUGGCUCUUCUUGCCGUUGGCACGGCUGCCGUCGCUCUUUCCGCUCAGGGUAUAGUUCUUCAUAUUGAGCAGUAUCUGGGACGGCGAUGACAGGCCAAACAAGGUUCCGGUCAAGGCUAUUUCCCACUUCAUCUGAAACCAGAGCCGGGACACGACGGUCAUGAGCUUGUCUACGAAGCCGGAGCUGAUGAUGCCCGAAGUCCAGGCCGAGAUGAAGAGCGGGGAUACGUGGGCGGUGCCAAAGUCCCACAUGUCGUAAAAAGGGUCCUGUAGGUGUUUUUUUUUCUCUUGCAGUCAGAUGGAGUAGUUUGCCAAAUGAAUUCAUAGUUACGAUUACUGCACAUCGAUUCAAAUCCAAAGUCCAAUAUUGCAAAUUAAACUGGUGGCGAAAUUGAAAGAAAGCCAGAUGUUUUUCGUUGUUUUUUCUUGAACCAACAAGAGCACAAAAAGAGUAGGGAAUUGGGAGGGUGAGGGGGGAAAAAGGAAACCUACAAUGGAAACACAAGCUUUCACCCUCCGGUCGACCGCAGAUCGCAGCGCAUAGUAACCACCCAUGGAGGCACCGGAUACGGCAAUGGCCUUCAUGUCGAGCUCCAAGCCGGGGUGCUGCGCACUGUAUGCCUCGAGAUAGUCGAGAACAGAACUGGUAACAACCUCCCAGUCGGGACGCACCCGCAGCCCGUGCUUCCUCAGCACGAUGCCCUGGCCCGGCCCGUCAAAGGUGAGCACGGCAUAUCCCAGCCCCGGUCCCGCAGCAGGGUAGAGGUAGUACAGCUCCUCCUGGCACGAAUCGGCACCGCCCAGGAAGACGAGGACGGGGAUCUUGUCGCGCCCCGGGAUGCGUUUUCCGGGCGGAGGCAGGUACAGCAGUCCGGGGAGGGCCUGCGCGCCGCACGGAAUCGACAGCGCGCGCACCUCGCCCUCCAUCAGUGCCAGGGCCUUGCGGAACAGCCUGCCGACCUUCUCGGCCACGGGCAGCGCACGCGGGUCCUGCGUCGGGGGCGCGUUGCCACCCUCGGCGCCCAGGUCCGACACGUACAUGUAGCCGCUGGCGCGGGCGUAGUUGGAGGCGCGCAAGUAGGCCCUCCGCGCGGCCUCGCGGUCGCCGCCCUCGCGCGCCUGGUCGGCGAGCGCCUCGGCCCACCACGACUGCCUGCGCCAAGCCUCCUCCCAGGAUGCCGCGUCGUCGGACUUGAUCUCGCCCACGGCCUCGAGCACCUCGGCCACGUCAGCACCGCCGUAGCACGCCGUGCCCAGGAUGCGGACCGUUUCGAAGUCGAAGAAGCCGCUGCGCGGGAAGAACUUAUGCAUCUUGACGGGUCUGAAGGCGAGAGGAAUAGGGGGGGAAGACAGCUUCAAUGGUGAGACACAAGCGGUGUGAGGGAUUUAUUUUUCCGAUGCCCGUUUUCGUAAAGUUGAUGGCGGUAAAAUACCUUUU